CCGGCUCAUUCCUCUGGACAAACCAUCAGUUUUCCUCUGGAUCAUUCCAGCAGCUGCUGCACGUUUUGGAGCCUCAUCGGCUCAGAGGAAAACUUUGGGAUUAUUUCAGUGUUUAGAAUAAGAAGACUUUUCUUUUCAGAGAGGGAAAAGAGAUAAUCAUCAUCACCUGAGGGGGCGAGAAGAAACACCAGAAGAAGUGCCAAUUUGCAUGUUUGUGCAAAGGUUUAAUCAUCUGGAAGAAAAGCUCUCGUGAGUUCAGCCUGGCUGCUGAGCUUCCUGAGCGUCGACACAACAGUUUAACGGGACAUUUUUCAGCUCGACAGCGAGACGACCACAAGAGCUGCCGACGCCACGAGGAGGUGACGCGAGGACAGUGGAGACGCAGCUCUGUGGGACUGUGUGUGCGUGCAGAUGCCACACGGCGCUGCAGACGAGCCCGUGUCACGCAGCUCGAAGGCGACUCCUCGGAUUUCUCUCGCUGACUCUGUGAGUGGAAAGUAAAUCAGCAGGUUGGAUAUGAAACAACACAACGGCAUCGAGCGCACACAAAGCUUCAGAUACUUCCUGCAGAGCUGGGCUGUGUGUCUGUGAUGAGCACAGACUGUUGUGUCGUUUUCAGGCUCUUUCAGGCCAAACUUGUCGGUCACUGAGUGUCCAGCAACGCUCUGGACCUUCACAGAGCUGAAGCUCUGAAAGGACGCCAGCAAACACCUGCUUCCUGUUUUUGGACUGAAACACGCCAGUGACACAGAGUUUGUCUCACUUGAACUUUUAAAGGGAAUAUUCAACAUUACGAAACAUUCGGAUGUUUCAGAAUCUGUUCCUAGCUGAAUAUCCAGAGGACGCUUUGAGGAUCGUUUCUGACUGACGGCGCCCUGCAGCAUCCACCGCCAUGCUCCCAGGAGGGCUGGCGUCCGGCGGAGGGGGUCGUGGCGGCGGCCUGUGCCUGCUCCGGUGGCUGGGCCUCAGGCUGUGGUCUCGUCGGGGGACACUGGUCUUCGCUCUGCUCUGGUUCGGGUCCUGGUUGUUCCUGAACGGCCUGGUUCUGGUCCACAGGACCAUCCUGUCUGACUUCUGCACCGACGACAAGAGCAAGAGGAUCCUACAGAGACUGUGUCUGGAGUUCAGCGAGGGCUCGGUGACGGGCGACAUGUGCGAGGACCUGUGCGUGCUCGGCCUGGUCGAGUACAAACGCUGCCUCUACUACGAGAACGGGAAGAAGGUGAUCGAGGCGCGCUGGAGAGGAAGCCCCAUCAUCCUCAAGUCCAAGCUGGAGAACUUCUCCUCCUACGAGCCUCUGGGAAUUCUGGACUACCAGGACGCAGCCGAAGAGCUCUCCCCGCUCGAUGUCGUCUUUUACGCCACUCUGGAGGUACGAAACUCCCUGGGGCUGGCUGAGGAGAACGAGGAUGAAGACAGAGGAGGAGGAGUGAACAACAGCUCCCUGGCCAGACUUUUGGGGAAAAAGCUGAAAAACAGAGAGAUGAGUUACUCAAGAGCGGAGCUGGCCUCGCUCUGGGCCCUGCUGCAGCAGGAGGAGUACACCUUCCUCAGAGUCCUGCAGGACCUCAGCACCCACGUGGCCAAGGUGCUGGGCUCCUGUGGUCACUUCUACGCUGUGGAGUACCUCUCAGCCGGGCACGCCUGGGACCAGAACAUCUUUUCCCUGCAUGACGUGGCCAUUUCUGAGGGUCAGGAUCAGGGUGAAGGCGGAGACCGAGCCAGGUGGACGGCCCGAGAGAUGAUGCACCGCAUCGCGCUGAGCUUCCUGGACAUGGUGUGGCACUUUGACAAUGACUUCACCCACAAGCUACACCUCUGCGACAUCAAACCGGAGAACUUUGCCAUCAGGAAGGACCUCACGGUGGUGGCGAUCGACGUGGACAUGGCGUUCUUCGAGCCGAAGAUGAGGGACAUCCUGGAACAGAACUGCAGCAGCGACGACGACUGCAACUUCUUCGACUGCUCGUCCAGGUGUAACCUGAGCAAACGCAGGUGCAGCCCGCGCCGCAGCAACAGCAACCUGCAGGUGAUCUGUGAGAAGAUUUUUAGACCAUGGUUUUCUCCCACGUUGCUUGGGGCCAAAGCAGCGCUCCCUCUGCAGGUGGAGCUGCAGCGAGCUCUGCAGGAGUGUUCAGCGACUGAAGGGGGCGUGGAGGAGUCAGAGGAGGAU